AAGAAAAAAAGAAAAAAAAAAAAAGAAUACAAAAUAAGAAUGAAAAGAGGAAAUGACCAGACCGCCCAAAUUAGUUGGUGGGAAGUAGAGGUGGAAGGCGGCGGAGGGUUCUGCUGGUUUCUAUGUCCGCGUUCCGGAAUGCAUAAUCACGGUGCGUGAACUGUAAAGAAGCAAAGCAAGCUUGCCUGAGCUCUGAGCCUGAAAGUGGUGGCGUCCAAAAUCCUCAAACUCUCUCACAAUCUCUUUGAUCAAAUACCACCACAGAGAGAGAGAGAGAGAGAGAGAGAGAGAGAGAGAGUGAAAAAUGGUGAAGGUGCGGAUGAACACCGCCGAUGUGGCGGCGGAGGUCAAGUGUUUGCGGAGGUUGAUCGGCAUGCGCUGUUCCAACGUCUAUGAUCUUUCUCCUAAGACGUAUAUGUUCAAAUUGAUGAAUAGCAGUGGAGUAACGGAGUCCGGAGAGAGCGAAAAGGUGUUCCUUUUGAUGGAAAGUGGUGUCAGAUUGCACACGACUGCUUAUGUUCGGGACAAAAGUAACACCCCAUCUGGAUUUACUCUCAAACUGCGUAAACAUAUACGCACAAGAAGGCUUGAGGAUGUGCGCCAACUUGGAUAUGACAGGAUCAUUCUAUUUCAAUUUGGAUUGGGUGCUAAUGCAUACUAUGUUAUACUGGAGCUAUAUGCCCAAGGAAAUAUCCUUCUUGCAGAUUCUGAUUUUAUGGUCAUGACACUACUUCGCUCACACAGGGAUGACGAUAAAGGGGUUGCAAUCAUGUCGCGCCAUCGUUAUCCGACUGAAAUUUGUCGAGUUUUCGAGCGAACAAAUGCUGAAAAGCUGCGGGCAGCUCUUACAUCUUCUUUGGAACCUGCUAACGAUGAAUCUACUAAAGUUGAUGAUGGUGGAAGUAAUGCGAACGGUACAGCAAAAGGAAAGCAAGGUAGCCGUAAGGGAGAAAAGUCUUCUGACUCAAGCAAAAGUACUGGUGAUGGCACUCGUGCCAAGCAAGCUGUUUUGAAAUCUGUUUUGGGGGAGGCACUGGGCUAUGGGCCUGCACUUUCUGAGCAUAUUAUAUUGGAUGCGGGUCUGAUUCCAAAUACAAAAGUUUCUAAAGAUAACAAGUUGGAUGAGGGUAAAAUUCAGGUUUUGGCCCAAGCUGUUGUGAGGUUUGAGGACUGGCUGCAUGAUGUAAUAUCAGGUGAUAUAAUUCCUGAAGGAUACAUUUUGAUGCAGAAGAGAAAUGUGGAGAAGGAUGGAUCCCUAUCUGGACAAGGAACUGUUGGCCAGAUAUAUGAUGAAUUUUGCCCCUUAUUAUUGAACCAGUUCAAGUCGCGGGAGUACAUGAAGUUUGAGACAUUUGAUGCAGCUUUAGAUGAAUUUUACAGCAAAAUAGAGAGUCAAAGGGCAGAACAACAGCAAAAAGCAAAAGAGAACUCUGCCAUACAAAAACUUAAUAAAAUACAUGUGGAUCAGGAAAAUCGUGUGCAAACAUUAAGGAAAGAAGUAGAUCGAUGUGUUAAAAUGGCAGAAUUGAUAGAAUAUAACUUAGAAGAUGUGGAGGCUGCUAUUUUAGCUGUUCGUGUAGCUCUUGCAAAGGGCAUGAGUUGGGAGGAUCUUGCUCGUAUGGUGAAGGAGGAGAAGAAGUCUGGAAAUCCUGUUGCUGGCCUAAUUGACAAGCUUCAUCUAGAAAGGAAUUGCAUGACAUUGCUUUUGAGCAACAAUCUUGAUGAAAUGGAUGAUGAUGAAAAGACACUUCCAGCGGAUAAGGUAGAAGUUGAUUUGGCACUUUCUGCGCAUGCCAAUGCACGACGGUGGUAUGAACUAAAGAAAAAGCAGGAGAACAAACAGGAAAAGACCGUUACAGCACAUGAUAAAGCGUUUAAAGCUGCAGAGAGAAAGACUCGUCUCCAGCUGGCACAGGAGAAAACAGUUGCCUCUAUUUCACAUAUGCGCAAAGUUCACUGGUUUGAGAAAUUUAACUGGUUUAUCAGCAGUGAGAACUAUUUGGUUAUCAGCGGACGUGAUGCUCAACAAAAUGAGAUGGUAGUGAAGCGCUAUAUGUCAAAAGGGGAUCUGUACGUGCAUGCAGAGUUGCAUGGAGCUUCCAGUACCAUCAUAAAGAACCAUAGGCCUGAGCUGCCAGUACCUCCUCUCACUUUAAACCAAGCAGGAUGUUUCACAGUUUGCCACAGCCGGGCAUGGGAUUCAAAGAUUGUCACUAGUGCUUGGUGGGUUUAUCCUCACCAAGUCAGUAAAACUGCUCCAACAGGGGAGUAUCUUACUGUUGGGAGUUUUAUGAUCCGUGGGAAGAAGAACUUUCUUCCUCCACAUCCUCUUAUCAUGGGUUUUGGCUUGUUAUUUCGCUUGGAUGAAAGCUCCUUAGGAUCACAUUUAAAUGAAAGGAAGGUAAGGGGAGAGGAAGAAGGGAUAAAUGACGUUGAUAAAAGUGGGUCUUUGGAAGAAGAAUCUGAUUCUGAGUUAGAGACUGAUGAAAAACUUACAGAAGAUUCCAGAAGCAUUCCUUAUACAUCUACAACUAUACCUAAUUCAGUGCUUGAGAGCCAAUCUGAGAUUAAUUCUGGGCAGAAUGUCUCAACUAUUUCCAACGCUGAGGCAAGGGAUUCACUAGAAGUGUCUACCAAAGACAGAAAUGCCAUGACCACUGUUGAUACGGAGAAUGUAUAUGAUGUUGCAUCAGUUACCCCACAACUUGAGGAUCUUAUUGAUAGAGCUCUUGGGCUUGGAUCUGCUACUACAUCUGGUAAACAUUAUAAGGUGGAAACUUCUCAAGUUGAUUUGGUAGAGGAACACAAUCAUGAAAGAGGAGCAAUAAGUGACAAACCGUACAUCUCUAAAGCUGAAAGAAGAAAGCUCAAGAAGGGCCGGAAUGAUGCGGAAGCAAAUGCUGAGCAGGGAGAUCAAAGAUCAAAGGAUGCUGAUAGUUCUUUGAGUCAACGUGAAAAGAAUGUUCAAGAUGCAAAGCAAGGCAGUGGAAAAAUAAGUUCAAAGGAUGCUGAUAGUUCUUUGAGUCAAUGUGAAAAGAAUGUUCAAGAUGCAAAGCCAGGCAGUGGAAAAAUAAGUCGUGGACAAAGGGGUAAACUCAAGAAGAUGAAAGAGAAGUAUGCUGAUCAAGAUGAGGAAGAAAGAAGCAUCCGCAUGGCUUUACUGGCUUCUGCUGGAAAGGUACAAAAGAAGGAAAGAGAAUUAGAAAAUGGAAAUGCAGCUCAAGCCAAAGGGAAGAAACCCGGUGGAGGUCCUGAAGAUGCUCCUAAAAUAUGUUAUAAAUGUAAAAAGGCAGGUCAUUUAUCCCGGGAUUGUCAAGAGCAUCCAGAUGAUAAGUCACAUGAUCAUGGGACUGCUGCGUUUGAAGAUGAUCCUCAUGUGGGUUUGGAUAAAAAAACUACUGAGAUGGACAAGGUUGUCAUGGAGGAGGAGGACAUCCAUGAGAUUGGUGAAGAAGAGAAAGGGAAACUAAAUGAUGUGGAUUACUUGACUGGGAAUCCACUGCCGACUGAUAUUCUCUUAUAUGCUGUGCCUGUGUGUGGUCCUUAUAGUGCAGUGCAAUCUUACAAAUACCAUGUGAAGAUAAUUCCUGGCACUGCAAAGAAAGGGAAAGCUGCAAAAACUGCAAUGAAUUUGUUCAGCCACAUGCCGGAAGCCACAAACAGAGAGAAGGAACUGAUGAAAGCAUGUACAGAUCCUGAAUUGGUCGCUUCCAUUAUUGGCAAUGUGAAGAUAACAGCUGCAGGCCUUACUCAGUUGAAGCAGAAGCAAAAGAAAGGCAACAAGAGCAGCAAAAGUAAAAGCUAACCGCGCACGUCACCGAUUUGAUUUCUGUCGAAGUAAAUAACAAAAAUUAUUAUUUUAUUAUUAUUAUUUAUUUUUUCUUUUUCUUUUGCCAUCACUUGAGCAGCUGUAGGAAAAACCAUUUGUUGGGGUAGUAAGUAAAGGUUGACAUUUCUAAAUUUUGUUUUGUUGUAAUAGUAUUAUUGCUUUCCACGAUUUGUGGGCUUCAUCAUCGUAAUCUUAAUACUUUCUGGUAUCGAAUUGACGAUCAA